AUGGAGUCAGUGCACAAAAUCCUCGCAUCAGCGCGUGCAGCACCCUACGGAAAUCUCCUCCCAGCCGGGGACAACCUAUUUCUCUCCGUCGCCGAAGCAGUACAAGACCACAUGAGCAACUACGAUGCAUCGCAUGACUUUAACCACAUUCUCCGGGUCCUGGCACUAUCUCAACAUAUCUUGCUCGCUGAAUUUAACACUACAAAGACUUAUGACCCCACCGUGGUCCUCCUCAGCGCCCUUCUUCACGACGUGAACGACAAGAAAUACGCCCCACCAGUUAUCGAAGGUCAGCAGCAGACCUCGAAAGUGACUCUGGUGUUGCAGCAAGCUGGAGCCUCGGCAGCCCUAGCAGCUAGGGUAGAAGAGGUGGUCAAUCACGUUUCGUACUCCACUGAGAUCAAGGACCCAAAGAAGGUGCUGUUCGUUAUACAGCAACAUCCUGAACUUGCUAUCGUGCAGGAUGCGGAUCGUAUUGAUGCCAUUGGAGCCAUUGGGAUUGGUAGGACGUUUACCUUUACGGGCGCUAAGUUGGCGGGUGCUAGUAUGCAAAAUUCGAGAGAGCAUAUUGAUGAUAAGUUGGAGAAGUUGGAGGGGAUGAUGAAGACUGCUACUGGUAGACAGAUGGCUAGGGAUCGUACGGAGAGGUUGACCAUUUUUAAGAAGUGGUGGGAUGAGGAGACGAUGAUGGUGGGGGUUUAG